CCAAGUUAUCACUCGUGCGGUAAUCAACAGGUGAAACAGCUUGUAUCAGUAUCGCGUGCCAUUCCAACAAGUCAGUUCACGAGCUUCAGACGCCAAGAGUUUAGAUAUUUCAGCACAUUUUACCUGACCAUGAAACUCUCUACAGCCAUGAAACUUUUCUCGUUUUUCGUUUCCUUUAUGGUGUUGCUUGCCAGUGUAACGCCAGCUCCUUACUAUUCUUCUGAUAACGAAAGUAGUAUCAGAGAGUUGGUUGAAAUGCUGAUGCAAAGAGAAAGGGAAAACAGUUUGGAGGACAACCGAUUGGGCUAUCAUACAGUGUCAAGGAAAGCCGGAAGAUCACCGCAACUACGCCUCAGAUUUGGAAAGAGAAUGGACAGUGGAUAUCCGGUUUCAGCUUACCUCUCUGGAUUAAAUGAAGUCGCUGCUGACAACUAAGUUCUUUAAAGACUUGAAAAAACAACCCAACUUUCGAUAAUUUACCUCAUUUUUAUUCUGUAACGUCAUUUUAUUAUAACUCAAAUUAUUCUAUUGUCUUGCUGUAUUCUGUUAUAUUUAUAACAAUAUUACAAUACUUACCACAAAGAAAUUCAGUUAAAAAAUUUUAGAUUAUUUUUAUAAAAAUGUUUUAGUUUUAAGUUUAUAUUAUACCCGCAUAUUUUUUUGGUAAUUUAUCAAUAGUUUAAUAUAACGUACUUAAUUAUAACAUUCUAAAAUAAUUAAUGUUAACGUAACCUUCUUCUUGUUAACGUUAAAAUAAAUUAUCAAAUACUGUGUAAAAAGGAACCAUCCAGUUCUUUUUUGUCUAUUGGAUAAUAUAAAAUGUAUUUAUCUUCUAAUUAUAGUAGUGGAAGAAUAUGUAACUUCUCUAUGUCGGUAACAAUGGAAUCUGCUUUAGAGUUUAACAAAUUUUUGCCAAUGAAAAUACUCGCUGGUGAGUGUGAGAACCACCGCAGGUGAAUUAUUUUAUGUAUUUUACCAAAAAUGAUAUCAUUAGUAGUCAAUUUGUCAAACUUAAUGUAUAAUAAAAUGAAAGUUCAUGAAAUAAACUUACUUUUUGUCACUAAAA